AUGGGUGUGUUUGGUUCUCGUUCUUGUUCAGUUGCCUGCCUGCGAAACCAAGCGACGUCUCUUGGCGUCCUCUUCGCCGCGCGCGCCAUGGCCGGCAAGAGGCCGGGAGACGCGCCGGCCGGCGACACGGCCGCCAAGAGGGCGAGAACCGCCGCGCGCCGGCAGAAGACCACCGUGUCGGCGCGCCUCCGACGCUCGGAGACGAAGCACGACACCUACGUCGUGCGCGUCGGCGCCAGCCGCGUCGUCGCCACCGUGACCGCGCGCCCCGCCGUGGCGCGCCGGUGGGUGUUCUCCACGCGGUGGCGCCACGGCCGCCGCCUCCGCUCCGGCGCCGGGCUCACCGUCGCAAUGGGGGUGCAGUGGACGCCGCCGUCCCGCGCGCUCGCCGGCGGCGCCGAGCCGCGGCCGGGCACGCUGCAGCUCUGCGUGGGCAGCCGGUGCCUCGUCUUCCAGGUCGCUCAGGGCAACGCCUUCCCCGCCGCGCUCCGGCGGUUCCUCGCCGACGGCGGCGUGGCGGCGUUCGUGGGCUACGGCAUCCGCUCCGACUGCCGGAAACUGGCCGCUCACCAUGGCCUUCAUGUGGCGUGCACGCGCGAGCUCCGCGCCGUGACCGGCAUGGGCAGCUCGUCCAUGGCGCGCAUGGCGGAGGAGCUCCUCGGGCUCGCCGGAAUCAAGAAGCCGGCGGCGGUGGGCAGGAGCAGGUGGGACGCGCCGAAGCUGUCCAAGAAGCAGGUGAAGUACGCGUGUGUCGACGCCUUCCUCUCCCACCGCCUCGGCGUCCAUGUCGGCGCCGCGCCGCCGUCGACCUCUUCUUCCGACUCGGCGUGAAGCAGAACAAGGCCAAGUGAUAUGAUAUCCAAGUAAACCUAUGCCGAUUUAGUUAAUAAUAAUAAUUGCUACUCUAGUGGUAAAAUAAGUGUAAGUGUAAGUGAAGAAUAAUUUGAUGUAAUUGU